AUGUUCUCCUGCAAUUCCACCACUUCUGGUCACUCCACCUUCCUCCUCACUGGCUUUCCAGGCCUGGAAGCCUCUCAACAUUGGGUCUCCAUCCCCACCAACCUCAUCUGUGUUGUUUCCAUCCUGGGUAACAGCAUCAUCCUCUUCCUGAUCCGGACAGAUCCAGCCUUACACGAACCCAUGUACAUCUUCCUGUCUAUGCUGGCAGCCUCUGAUCUGGGUCUCUGUGCCUCAACCUUCCCCACCAUGGUGCAGCUCUUCUGGCUGGGAGCUCGUGAGCUGCCCUUUGAUCUCUGUGCAGCGCAGAUGUUUUUCAUUCAUGCCUUCACCUAUGUAGAAUCCGGUGUGCUGCUGGCUAUGGCCUUUGAUCGCUUCAUUGCCAUCCGGGACCCUCUACACUAUGCCACAGUCCUUACCCACUCAGCCAUGGCCAAAAUGGGGGCUGCUAUUCUGGUAAGGGCUGUCCUGCUCAACCUCCCAGGGCCCAUCCUCUUGCGGCGCCUGUUCUUUCCUCACAUCAGUGUGCUCUCUCACUGCUACUGCCUGCACUGUGACCUUGUGGGACUGGCCUGUUCAGACACCCAGAUCAACAGCCUGGUUGGCCUGGUCUCCAUCCUCUUCUCACUGUGCCUUGACUCUUCACUCAUCGUGGUCUCUUAUGCCCUGAUCCUGCAGACUGUGCUGGGUAUUGCAUCACCUGGGGAACGGCUCAAGACACUCAACACAUGUGUCUCGCACCUCUGCAUUGUCCUUAUAUUUUAUUUGCCCAAACUGGGGCUGUCGGUGUUGCACCGAGUCGAGAAGCACAGCUACCCUGCGCUGGCAGUGUUCAUGGCUAACUUGCACUUCUUGGUCCCACCCUUCAUGAACCCCAUUGUGUACUGUGUUAAGUCUAAACAGAUCCGCCAGGGCCUCCUAAGGCGCUUCCAGCAGAAAAGGGUUGAUGUUUCCUAG